AUGACUCAUAAAAUUCAUUCAUUGACAAGUCGUUCAUUUACAAAAAUUAAUUUAUUAGGUGGCCCAUUUAACGUUAAACUGUAUCGUAAUAUAAAUUCAAAUGAUAAUUAUACAUCAGUUGAUGUUGAAACUGAACAAUCAAUACAUAAAUUAAUUUCAAUUGAUAUUGAACAAAAUGAUAUAUUAACAAUUCGUCGUAUUAAAUUAUGUGGACAAGUUAAUAAUGAAGCUACAUUAAAAUCUUUAGGUGUUGGUGCUGUUGAAUGUCGAGAUUUAUUAACACAAAAAAUCAAUCUUAUAUCAAGUAGUAUUGGAACUAUUUAUAUAACAGUUAUUGAUGAAAUAAAUAUAACAUUAAGUGGUAUUGCUACUGUUUAUUAUUCAGGUCCAUGA